AUGAAACUGUGGAUAGCCAGAAAGAAAAACAAAAACGGAUGCAACAAAUGGCUGAAACUGGGGAAAUUGAUAUGCGACUCGUGAUACAAUUCAUGAUUAAGACAUAUCCCUCGCAACGUGCUUCCAUCGCCCAAGGUCUCAACAUGGAGGAUAUCAUCAAACUCUGGCCGUUUAUUGGCUAUUUCGCCGUUUUGAAACAACAUUUCUUUACUCUUAUCCCAGAGAUUGAACAGGUGAAGGUUGGAGAUAACUUGAACGAAAUCGUUUCAAAAAUGUUGCAAUUUUUGAGGGCAGACAGUAGCAAAACAAGGAAGGGCAAAUUGGGUAUUGCUACAAACAAUAUACUCGAAAUUCUGAAGCGCUUUGAUAAGCAGCAGCCUACUACAGAUUUGCAACGAAUUGCUAUGACUAUGUGUCUUGGUGAAAGGAUGCAGCAAGACAUGACCAAGAUUUUUAUUUUCUUCGAGGAAACUACUAGCUUUGAUGAAAUCCAGGCUUCGUCGAAAUUGCCUGAUAGCGGAAAGCCUAUAGUAGCCGUCCUUGGAUCUGAUCUGAUGAACAACCCGAAGUGCUAUGUCGUCGUCGAAAAGAGAUGUAUCAGCCCUGAAAAGAUCUCCCCAUUCAAAGCUCUCAUGCUGACUUUCAUGGCUUACUUUGUAUUCAAAAUCACCUACCCACAAGAAGUUGGUGGCCUGCUUGAAUUCUUCCAAAGGGCUAUCUACGACAUCAAGGGAGAUGAAACUACAAAGAGUAGUAGCAGGGUGGAAAGAAGAAAGUCAGCAAAAGGAGUGUUGUUCAAAAAUCCACCAAUGAUUUCUCCACAAUUCAAAACGUUAAUGCGGGAUUUUGAUAAUUAUCGGAGCUUGUGGGGUAUUUAGAUUAUAGGGUAUUUUGAGCAUAUAAAUGUAUAUACUCAACAACUACCAAAUAAAUAUAGCAUUCAUAUAGUUUACGUCCUAGGUUAAGCAUGUAAAUCUGUACCUAAACACUACCGAAGAAAAAUAUCAUAAGUUUGAAAUAAAUGUAUCAUUUGCUAUCACUAAUUCAUUUCUAAUGCCAUAAAUUUGUUGAUGCGGGUAGUUCAAAUCACCUAUCACGCAGAUUGAAUUUACCUACACGGGUUGUAAAAUCCACUCUGUUCACCUCGGAGUUAUUUUUACCCUUCAACGAGGAUAAUCUUGAUUUAUGUCCCCACAUACUACGUAAAUUUAUCGACCCAAAAAAAAAAUAAAACUACAUACCCAUGGGUAGGCAUAUUUCUCUACCCAGACUAGGUAACAAGGCGUUGCACCACCCACACGGGUAAAU